AAGAUCAGAAAACUACCAAAUCAUCGCUAUCAGUUGGCGACAAUCUUCGGUCGCUACAGAGAGCCUCAUCCAUCCAAAUGAAAUUUAAGUAGCUCACUCAUUGUAUCCAAGCCCCCCAGCAUGCUGGCAAGUUGGAUCCAAGGCAAUAACCUGGUUCCCAUCCUGACAGGGACUGCGAUCACAAUAACUCUAUGCUGCAUUCUCACCUGGUUUUUAUGGGCCUCACCACUGCGCCAUGUUCCUGGGCCGUGGCUUAAUAAGUAUCUGGGUGUCAAGAUUGCACUUGCUGAAAUACGAGGGCAGCGCAGCCAGCAGAUCCUUGCGUGGCACCAACAAUACGGUUCAGUCGUCUGCAUUGCACCGACUCAGGUGUCUAUUGCUUCAUUGGCCGCUAUUCGCGAGAUCUAUAACUCGGCGGGGCGCGCUGACAAGAGUGCCUUUUUUAACCAGUUCGUCGCAUUCGACAGUCGGUCGGUCUUCACGACCCUCUCCUUUGCGGACCACAAACGCAAGAGAGCUGUCGUCUCCGCGUUCUACCAGGGCUCAAACAUCUACGGGCAACCUGCCAUGGAGGCAUUCAUCCACGACCAUGUGUUUGCUGUCUUAAGCCAGAUUGAUCGGAGAUGUUCAGGUGGAAAAGCCGUCGACUUCUACUCACUUGCCGACUGGUACGCAUUUGACAAUAUCACGGCACUUGUCUUCGGCCCCCUAUACGCAUCUAAAACUACAAAGCUGCCGUGCGAAGAGCAGGGGAUCCUGCGAGAUCUUAAGCGGUCGCAAGUGUGGUCCCCCAUUCGCCAGCGCUUUCCGUGGGUGAUCCCAAUUGCCAAGCUCGUUGCUCGUUUCUAUAACGGGGAUACAGGCCAAUUCGAGGCGGAAGGCCGCCUGGCCCAGUGGGUGCAUGACCGGACGCUGCGCACGCUACACGACCGCAAUGUAGUCGAGUUUGACUCCCUAGUCGCCUAUUUGGCGAGAAAGCUUUCGCUAAAUCUCGGACCAAGCGCUCUUGAGGAAGCCUACGACUGCCACGUCCACAGCCUGGUGCAGUAUAUUGCUGCGGAAGCGCUGGACAACAUCAAUGCAGCUGAGGCAUCGGUUGCGGCGACGAUCACAUAUGUAACUUGGUACGUGAGCAUCCACCCUGAAUGGCAGCAGAAGCUCCGAACAGAACUUCUGGCACUGCCAACGCAGUCGGACGGUCUGCCUAGCUUUCACGACAUCGACCAUGCUCCCAUCCUUGAUGCAUGCCUUAAGGAAGUGUAUCGACUGAAGCCGGCUAGUGGCGGGCGUGCCGAACGCGUCGUCCCCGCUGGUGGGCGCAUCGUGUCGAACAUAUAUCUCCCCGAAAGGGCGGUGGUUGCCGCCUCGAUUGGCGCAGUUCACAGCGAUCCUAGCAUUUUCCCCGACGCGGCCAAAUUCCGUCCCUCGCGCUGGCUGGAGGCGGACCAGGCCACGCUGGCCCAGCUCAAUGCUUCUGUCAUACCAUUUGGAUAUGGAGCGCGGGUAUGCCUCGGGAAGGCAAUGGCAAGCAUGGAGAUCAAACUCCUGCUGGCGGCGCUGUUCCUGCGCUACGAAGUUGUCCCUGCAGGCGCACACACGGGUGUAUGGAUGAAGCAGGCUGCUGCCCGGGAUGGGGUUAAGAGUGGCCUCAAGGGAGAGUUUUAUUGUCGACCUUUGCCUGUGCUGAAUUGACAGAGCUGAGGUUCAUUAUUGCAGAUGGU